AUGGUUGAAGGUAAGCCCACCGAAAGAGAAAAUAAGAAGGAAGUGAAGAGACGGCGUGAAUCGAGCAGUAGUUCUUCUUCGGAUAGCUCGUCCGACUCUUCGGAAAGUUCAUCUUUUAGUGAUUCCUCUUCGACAUCACGCUCUGGCACUACGACGAGUUCGGAAUCUUCCAGAUCGCCUACUCCGAGAAAAACAGCUAAAGAUCGAGCACGAAGUCCAGCUCGACGUUCGCGUUCACCUCGGGCUGGUGCACGAGCAGAACGUAGUGAAAAGGUGGUUAUCGCGUCUUCUCGUCGAUCACCAACUCCGGAACGACGCCGACGACGUUCAUCGCCAUCUCCAAAACGGCGACCAUCACCAUCACCUAAGAGGCGUGACCGAAGUGGUAGCCGAGAUAGACGUAACCGUUCACGUUCACGGGAACGUAAGGCGAGUCCAGUCCGCAAAGCAACACCACCACCCCGUCGUCUGUGUGUGCGUAAUUUGAGUCGCAAUGUUACAAAGGAACACUUGUCGGAAAUUUUUAGUGUGUAUGGAGCUUUAAGAAGCUGCGAACUACCUAUGGAUCGACAACAUACACAUCUUGGCAGAGGUUAUGGUUAUGUAGAAUUCGAGCAACCGGAAGAUGCAGAGAAAGCUUUGAAACACAUGGACGGUGGACAGAUUGAUGGCCAGGAAGUCACUUGCGAACUAACACACCCACCUCGUUCCACGCUUAAUGGAAGUGGAAGGCGCCCGCUUUCACCACUACGUUUUCGUGGUCUAUCACCACGUAGAUACCGCAGUCCACCUCGUGCACACGGAACUGGUGGGAAUAUGGUGCCACUGGGACCAAGUCGGUUCAAUCGAUCUCGAAGCCGUAGUCCGCGACGUCGACGCAGCCGCUCUUAA